GAUUUGGAAUGCAGCCCUGGAAUGUCGCUACAAGCUUUCCAGCUAGCCAGUUGCUAAUCAAUCAGCACAGCAGCAACGAAAACUUUUACAGGGAGAUUAUGACUGCUGAUUAUAUUCGGGUAGUGGCGCUGUGAAAAAUAACACUUAGCUAACGUAGCUACGUGUAGAAAAUUACCAGCAAAACCGUGCGGGUUGGCAGAGGACUAAUAUCCAGCUGUCACGAAUACUAGCACAGGUCCAUGACAAUCAACUGUUUUUCUGGAGCCACGCAGCUGCAACCAAGUAACUCAGAAAGAUGAACAUCGAUGACAAGUUGGAUGGAAUCCUGAUUCGAUGUGGCACUGUGAACCUGCACCACUCAGCGCAAACUUUAGCACCCUCUGGGGUGGACAAAAGGGGAGGAGCAGGAGGAAGUUUGGAUAUGUCGCUUGGAGAAAAGAGCUUGGCCAAUCAACCCCUGCUUGCUGAUGAUGAUGAUGAGGAGGAAGAUGAUGAUGAAGAUCUGGCUGGUGGCACACUGACCUCACACAACCUCAUCUCACACGAUGCACUUAUGGUUCAUGAGGAGACGGUGAAGAGCAAUGCAGUGGGAGAACAAGACUUCUCUCAGCGGCUUUCUCACAAGCUACCAUACACUCUACACAUGCCUGUGAAUAUUAAACAGGAACUGAAGCUGUCCAACCCAUUAAUUCUCAAUAAAAAGGACAAGAAACAGGAGACUGACCUUACAGAAUGUCACAAAAAGAAGAAGAGAAAGCAGCGGUCUCCUGCAAAGAUUCUUACCAUUAAUGAAGAUGGCUCACUGGGACAUCAGAAUCCAAAGUCACACAUCUGCGAGCACUGCAACGCUGCUUUCCGAACAAAUUACCAUCUACAGAGACAUGUCUUCAUCCAUACGGGAGAAAAGCCUUUUCAGUGCAGUCAGUGUGACAUGCGUUUCAUUCAAAAGUACCUGUUGCAAAGACAUGAGAAAAUUCACACAGGAGAAAAGCCAUUUCGAUGUGAUGAGUGUGGGAUGAGAUUCAUCCAGAAAUAUCAUAUGGAAAGACACAAGAGGACGCACAGCGGGGAGAAGCCCUAUCAGUGUGAUUACUGUCACCAGUACUUCUCCAGGACUGAUCGAGUCUUGAAGCAUAGACGUAUGUGCCAUGAAAAUAAGGAGAGAAAGGUCCAUAAAGCAGUUGCCAAAGAUGGCCUUCUUCGCAGCACAGAAACACUUGCAUUCUCCUUCCCAUCCAAGGAGAGCACUCUACCUAAGAAAAAGCGUCAGAAGUCCACUGAUAAGAACAGCACCUCAGUCCAAAACACUGCUAUCACAGACAAAGCUGUGGAGGGUGGUGAGAAGAAGGAAGAGGAUAGACUCGGCAAAAAUGAAUGUCUUCCUCUUUAUGACGUUGCCAUCAAGGUAAAGGAUGAGUAUGUAGUGACAGAAUAUUCUGUUGAACUCCCAGAUUGUUCUCCAGGAAGCAGGCAGAUUACUGGGGAGGCAUCUUCUGAUGAGAUCAUGCCUCCAAAGAUAGUGCUGAAGAAGAUUGCUAGCAAGAAGAAUGUAAAGCAGCAGCCCUUGGAACACUCGCAGCUUUUGUCACCUUUGUCAUCAUUUGAGGAGGGAAAAGUCACAAGAUAUACAUUUGAAAUUGUUGAUAACAAGGGCAUAUUGGAUGCAGAGCCAAGCCCUGACUUGGAGACUGUCGAUCCGCUCCAGGUUGGGCCUACAAAGCCCUCUGGCAGCAGCACAAACUAUGAUGAUGCCAUGCAGUUUCUCAAGAAGAAGCGUUACCUCCAGGCGACCACGGCCAAUAACAGUCGGGAAUAUGCGCUGAAUGUGAACAGCAUCUCCUCACAGCCUUCAGUUACUCAGGCAGCUGUGGCCACUGUUAUAGAUGAGACUGUACCUGCCACAAUCCUAUCCGAGACUCAGACUCUGAACGUGGAGAUCAAAGCGAGCCAUGAGAAGAAUGUGCUCCCUGAUGAAGUCCUGCAGUCACUCCUGGAUCACUACUCCAUUAAGGCCAAUGGACAGCCAGAGAUCAGCUUCAGUGUAGCAGAUACAGAAGUAACUUCCAGCAUCUCCAUCAAUUCAUCUGAUGUUUCGGAGAGUAGCCCUACUGAGGCAUUGGGCACUAGCUCCCAAGCACCCACUGCAGAGAAAGCUAGUCUUCUGCAAGAGUAUUCAAAGUUUCUCCAACAAGCGUUGGAGAGGACCAGUCAGAAUGACAGCUACCUGAACAGCCAGAGCCUAGCAUUUGUGAAUGAUGGUGCAAGCCUUGGUGGGCAGCCCUUAUUUUCUACAGAUAAACAGUUUGGUUCUCCAAGUCGGUUUAGAUCAGGUAUGAACUCUCCUCUGAGACUGGACAAACCUCACUUUGGUCUUUUAGUGGAUUCCCAACACUCAUUCUCUUUUUCGGGUGAUGAAACCAACCCAUCUUCUGUGUCACCAACUGAGGACUUUCUGGAGCAGGUGUCCCCCAAAAAGACAGACACUCAGGGCAUCACUCAAACGUUUCAGAUUGCCACUUUUGAUCAGAACUUCCGAUCUCAGUUCCAGACGUCCCGGUCUGGACUGUCUUCACAAUACAGUGUCUCCAAUGGACAGGUCACCAUAAGAAGUCAUGGAGGAACAGACUUUCCAGAAUUUUCUCUUGUUAACGUUACUGAAACCAGAACUCAAAUGAGCUCCUCUCCAGAUGCUACAAGCAGCCACACGUUUGGUUGAAAAAACAAAAAUAAAGCUAUUUAAAAUUUUAGUCAUUUAAAAGCACUUUAUACUCUUGCUCUGCGAAUGUAAGCAGCACCGUAUUGGUUGUUCAUCUCAUGGCAAGCAUUUGAACUCCAGAAGUUCUCAUUCUAUUUGCUGGUUACUUUAAUCAUGCAAGGAUGAGAAUCAUUUUAGGAAGUUGUUUUUGUUCUUCAGCACACUCAUUUAAUGUCUGUAUACAUGUAAAAGGCACUUUUCUGUAUUUUUUGUUAAUUCAGUCAGUUCAUUUGAACAUCAUACUGCACAACCAGUCUCUCUAAGAGAGAAUUUAUUCCUUAGAGGUACAAACAGAUAAGCUCUUAAAUUGCCAAUUUAAACUCAUGAAUUCAUAAUUUUAUAUAAUGAAAUUCUCAGAUAUUUUUGCACAACACUAUGAAGGUAAUAUUCAUUUUAAAGAAAAGCAUUUAAAUUAUAAUGGAACUAGGUACCUUGAUUGACACCUUAAUUUUUUUCUUUGUACAAAAAAAGGUGUCCAUCCAUGGCACUAAUAUGCCAUGACCAUAAGAGAUACAAUUCAUUUAGAUUAUACUGGGAGAGUAUACCUCAAAUACAGCAUGGUGUAAUUAAUAAAGAUAUCAAAAUUUGAGUGCAUUCCUGAAGUUCAAUUUUUCAGUAAUGAAAAAGGUAGGCUUGAAGUAGGCUUACCUGAAAAGUUGUGUUUUCCUGCAUGUAGUGCCUUUUUGUGUAUCUGUGAAAUAUUCAUACAUACCCUUAACUGCCUUUCUUUACCAAUCUUUUGUUUAGUUUUGACUAUGAACCUAAAGAAGUUAAUAGUUUUAAAAUUAGCUGACCUAUUAAAUUUGCACUUAGGCUUCAUGGGCAAAAUCAGUGCUCUUUAUACCUAGGACUUUCAAUCCAACUGGAGAUACAAAACCCAGCCUGAAUUAUGGUGUUAUUGGUCUCUUUUUGAAGCACCGGUUCUAAUUUCCUCAUUACAAUUAUGGAGAUAUUUUAUAGGGUCAGAUAUUGGUGAUGUCUUUAUUUGCUAUGUCAUUUUAUUGUGUGUUUGGUAGUUAGCAAGCAAAUAUCUGAAAUUGGGAAAUUACAGUUGAGUCAUGUAACUUUAAUCAUUGUCCUUGAAAUAUGAACUAAAGUUUGCCUUGUCUAUCUCUAAACUGACAUUUGUGUAUUCACUGCAUUGUUUGAUGAAACAAAUGGUGCAUGACUUUGAUCUUUGGUACAUUUAUUUAGUAUUUAUAACCAUACAUAUUCUUGUUAUACAUCUUUUCAUUGAAUGAUGAAUCACUUCAGCAUACUGGCUUUGUAUGAUUCGGUCCCCCCCAGGGAAGGGGGUGUUUGAAAUGUCUUAACCAAGUCCAUAAGCUGUAAUUCAUAGAUGCUGGUUUUCAAAGCCUACAAGUGUGCCAUGCUAAACUACAGACCAAAUUUGAUCUACAUUGUAAAGAGAUCUUUAAUAUAAAUUGCUGUUACUCAUAAUUCAUUUGGAAACAUUCCCUUAUUUGACUCAGAUGUGUGUCUUGCUAUAUAUAUAUAUAUAUAUAUAUAUAUAUAUAUAUAUAUAUAUAUAUGCGUGCCAUAUGUGUGUAUGUUGUACAUUUAGAGCUGCACAUUUUGUUUUGUGUAUGCUAAGAGUGAGAUGGAGAAAUUGGAGCUUUUUGUGAACUCUGGAUUUUUAGAUGAAUGUACUCUGUUAAUUCAGUCUGCAUAAUCCUGUUGGUUCUGGCCUCAAUGAACACUGCUCAUGUUACUAUAGAUUCAUAGAGACUAGUUCUGUUUUCUUUUCUCUCCCUGUCUCUCUUCCUGUAGUUGAAGAUCACACAGUAGAUAAUGUCAUUUUACAUCUUAAAAGCUCAUAACUCUAUUUCUCAUUAAUAUAGGAAUUGUUUAAUUUUUCUACUAGAUGCACUAAUAUCAAAUCACUCAACAGAUAUCAGCUCUAUAUAUCAUGCACCUCUUGAGCACAAGUAAAAGUGUUUUUUUGUUUUGUUUUUUAAAUGGUAGUUGGUCCUGGAUUAAAAUUCAUCAGGUUUCCAAUCAGACAGGAUGUUCCUCAAGUCAAAAUAAAGUGAACACUUUUAUUUGCCUUGUAGGAUAGUAGUAUUAUUUUCUGUUACUGCUACAGUCAGUUGCAUAAAUUCUGUGAUUUUAUUAUUUUUUCUUUUGCCUUUAUUUACAUCCCAUACAUUGGAAUUAUGGGAGCAUUGUUAUUGAUGGAUACAUUUCCCCCCCUUGUUUAGAUUGACACAAUUAACUGUUCUGAAGCAGUGGUGGUUUCUGAACUUCUUAGUUAUAGACAUUAUCAAGUUGAUGUGGGAUGCAUGUCCACUGUUUUAUAUACACUGGUUAUAUUUUUUAUAUGUAUGCAUUCUAUUGUAGCCAAAUUACUACCAUAGAACACCAUUCAUUUUAUGCAAUAUGAUGUAUAGAACGUGGAGGGAAACUUUUUUUUUCUUUUCUUUUCUUUCUUGAUUGCAUCUCUUGUGUAUGUCCCUUUUGAAAUACAACUGAAGAGUUCA